ACUUGGGCAUCUGUUCCCAUUUCUACAUCUCUUUGUUGAGGGAACAUCAGCAGCAGGCUUUCAUUUAUUACCAGACUAUACAUUCAAAAUAUUAGAUGGUGUUAAAUUUAUUUCUAUAGCUUUCACUGACUUCUGCACUCCUAGGUCAACACUUGAGGUGCAGGAACGAGGGAGAGGUUUCAGUGAGAUCCUUCUCAUCUGUCUUGUGAGUGAUACAAAUCAGCCAUGGCAGCCAAGAUGGAGACCCUUGACCCUUCAGCUUUACCAGAUGUUACCCCAACCGUCUCCUACCAAUGUCAGUCUGAAACUGUUACCUUCUCGAGCGGAGUCGUCUCAGUGGCGGGUAUCACGGUGGUGACUGGGGGCGUUGAACUCUCUUGUAGAUCCUGUAUCCUGGCUUUUGGUUUUUGGGGAACUCUCAUCGGAUUCAGCUGCUUGGCUGUGGGGCUUUGGGACCAGCUGGCUCAUUCUAAAGAAGGGACCUCUACCUUGCUAGGACUUGCACUGGUGGUACUUGUUCUCAGCUUUUUGGUGGUGGGCAGCGUGCUGGUGUUUCACCUCCUGACGAGGAAGAAGAGAGGAAUCAGACAAGAGGAGAGAAGGGAAGGAAAACAAGUUCUAGUAGAGGGAGGCGAAGUGAUUAAAAAGGUCACCGUAUAAAAGAGCAUCAAUGGUAGAAAUUAAGUUGAAGUUAUCAAGGUUCUUUAUACAUUAUUCAGUAUAAGAAAUGUGCCAACAGGGCAUCUCAUUCUGUAACUCAAGGCUGUUUUAAACAUUUUUACCCCACAUCAGGAGCACUCCAGACCUCCUGUUUCUUCCUUUAAAUUCAAAUUAAACUAUUUCAUAACACAGCCAGUGGCACCCUGGGCGAGCUCUGCCUUCAACCCCCCAGCUUCUUCCCUUCUCGUUAGUGAGUGGUCUGAAUGCCAAAAUAAAUAAGAAAAGAAACUGUUUUGUUAUAUUUUCACAAACUUGAUGUAGGUUUCACAAGUCUUAUGCUGUGUUUCAAAGAAUCUCUGCUUUGUGCAGGUUAAUUAAGUUCAGAUCUGACCAGUUACAGUAUUUUACAGUAUAAGAGAAGAAAAAAUGCAGUUCAGAUUCCUUCAAAAAAGUGUAAAACAACAAUUUAGUUUGGCACCAAACUCGAGGCUGUGAAUAAGGCCUCUUUAGUGUCAACAGCCAACCGUAAAGCCAUAUGUAAAGCCAUAUUUGCUUACACUGUGCACAACACAUAAUGGUGCCCAAUUCCCAUUGAAUUAACAUGCAGAUGAGCAAUACAAAAGUUGUUCAGGCUGCGACUCACAAAUAACUUAUUUUGUCCAACUGCUUGUGCCGCCCCAAUAUAACUGCACCCUGGGCGGUGAGUCAUAUUGCCUAGAUCAAAAACCCCACUGAACGUAGCCCCCUAAUAUUUUAAAGAAAUGCAUGUUCUCCUUUAUACAAUUAUUAAUAUUGCUAGUCCUUUUUUUCCAAGCAUAAUUAUUUUUUUAAAUCUGCUUCCUUACAAUAAACAUAUAAAAUAUACAUUUAUUUUACUCCAGUUUACGUUCAUUUACUUUAUCAUGAAUUUAAACAGAAACGCUUAACUCUUCAUAUUGCAUAAAGGGGUGCAUUUAAUAAAGCAGUUACAAUUUGAGCCUUGUCCAGUUUAACAAUGAAAUUGCAUCUUAAUCCAGGAUGCAACACUCUCACGCUGCUGUGUAAUGCUUUAAGCACACCGUGCUGUAAGCUUAAAUGUGCUUCUACUCCACUAUAAGGAUAAAACAGUUCAACAAGGUAUUGGACAGGAUAAAAUGUUUUGCUGACAGAUCAUGUCAAACAUGGAGUGUGCAAAAAACUAACUGUCUGAAAUGUAAGUUUGUUUUUACAUUUGCUUUAAGAUUGUUCAGUCUGUUUAAAUUUUUUUUUUACACUACCUAUCUGUCAUUAGUUUUAUGAACAGUUAAGGAAUGUUGUUUCUGAGGUGCAUAUUUUUAACCAAAAAAUGACAAGUACCAUAAUGUUUGCCCAGGUAACUGUGAAAAGAAAAGUCAACAAUUAAACAAAAUUUACAAAAGUAGUACAGUUUUAGUCAGAAGGUUGUGAUACAAUGCAAAAGGUUGGUUAUGCAUCAGUGUAGUAACAAAGAAACAAUAAUUAAAAAAAUAUAGCAAAUGUGUAUAAAUGAAAGUAAGUUGUUUAACAAAUAAACAAAUGAUGUAAUACAAUGAAGUGUCAGGAUUAACGAUCAUAGCUAACUGUGAAAGUCAAAAAUGUCUGUGCCAAUAAGUUUGCAGAUUUUAAAAACCCUAAGCAAAAACAAACAAUAACUAUAAAAUUGUGAAAAAAUGUUAAAUUGUUGCCUCUGUCAUAUUAAUAUAAAUUGUUUGUACCUUAUUAAUAAAUUAAUAAGGAUCAUAAUUUUGGGCACUGAGACUAACCACCAUUUCUCCGCUUUUUAUUGUUUUGAUUAUUGUAUAUUUUCAGUUAUUGUUUUUUAACCUUUGUAUGCAACUGUGUAGAUGUUAUUAAUAAAAAAAGAAUGUAAAAUAAAUAAGGAAAUAAAGAAGUUUGAGCAUUUUCACUCUCA